AUGAGGAACAACGUCAAGCCAUCCUACUGGGCGCAGAGGACGAAGCUGGAGAAGCGGCUGAUGCUGGCUGUUGGGGUGGCCGCGGUUUUGGCCAUCGCCUUCCUCGCGGCUUUCCUGGCCACAGUUCUUUUGAAGGCCACAGUAAAUAUUACAGACAUGCCACAGACUAGUGAACUGAGAAUUUCUCCAUCCAUGCCGCCUGCAGUCAUCUCCAAAGGAUUCAACGAGGACGACGUUUGCAACACACCGGGGUGCGUCCACACAGCUUCAAAACUCCUCCUCAACAUGGACGAGCAGGUUGAUCCUUGCGAUGACUUCUACGAUUUCGCUUGCGGCUCCUUCGUCAAGAACACACGAAUCCCCGACGACAAGACUUCAGUCAACACCUUCUCAAUUAUCACUGACCAGCUACAGGAACAGAUCAGGACACUACUGGAUGAGCCCGUCACCCCUGGUGAACCCCGGCCGUUUGUCCUUGCCAAGACUUUGUACCAGGCCUGCAUGAACAGGACCGCAAUCGAAGCACGCGGCGUCCAGCCGCUGUUGGAUAUGCUUCGUCGUCUUGGUGGCUGGCCAGUACUGGACGGCGACUCCUGGGAUGAACGCUCCUUCUCCUGGGACGAGUCGGUUUACCGCUUCCGCGCGGCCGGUUACUCCGUUGACUAUUUCCUGGACUUCUCUAUUAGUGUCGACGUGAAGAACUCCACCAAGAGGAUCAUCGACCUGGACCAGGCAUCUUUGGGGCUCAGUCGGGAGUACCUGAACAGGGGUUUCAGCGACAAACUGGUGCAAGCGUACUACGAAUAUAUGGUAGACAUUGCGGUGCUCCUGGGAGCUGAGAGGAGCCGCGCCGAGGUUGAGCUGAAGGAGUCGCUGCAGUUUGAGAUGAAACUUGCCAAUAUUUCCUUGCCACUGGAGAAACGCCGUAAUGCAACAAGUCUGUACAACCCCAUGACUAUAGCCGAGUUACAGCAGAAAUUCCCCAAGAUCCCGUGGCUGACCUAUAUUAACAGACUAUUGGCUCCGCACGUGAAAGUUGGCCUUGAAGAGAUCGCCAUCGUUAACGUGCCCAAGUACAUCACCGAUCUAGAGAUGCUUCUGGAGAAAACUCCGAGGCGGGUGCAGGCAAACUACGUGAUGUGGCGCGUGUCGGGCGCGUCUGUGUCGUACCUGACGGAGUCGCUGCGGCGUCGCCAGCUCGCCUACGUCACCGCGCUCUCCGGCAAGACGGAGCGCGAGAGCCGCUGGAAGGAGUGCGCGGACACCGCCAGCAUGAGCUUGUCGAUCGCGGUGGGCGCCCUCUACAUCCGGAAGUACUUCAACGAGAACUCAAAGGCCAACGCUCUCGAGAUGGUGAACGACAUCCGGCAACAGUUCCGUAGGACCCUGGCCGAGGUAGAAUGGAUGGACGAAACCACGCGUCGCGCCGCCUUGGACAAAGCGGACUCUAUGGCUGCCCACAUCGCAUACCCCAAUGAAAUGCUGGACAACGAUAAACUCACAGAGUUCUAUUCCGGGCUGGAGAUGUCAUCGGACAAGCUGAUGGAGUCUGUGCUGAACCUGACGCUCUUCGGCACGGAGUACCUGUUCAGCAAGCUGCGUGAACCGGUCAACAAGACCGACUGGGUCACCCACGGCCGUCCCGCCAUCGUUAACGCCUUCUACUCUUCAAUCGAGAACAGCAUCCAAUUCCCCGCCGGUAUCCUGCAAGGUGCGUUCUUCUCGGCUACGAGGCCCGCUUACAUGAACUACGGCGCCAUCGGCUUCGUCAUCGGACACGAGAUCACGCAUGGAUUCGAUGACCAGGGUCGCCAAUUCGACAAGAACGGUAACCUGAUCGACUGGUGGCAGGAGGAGACCAAGCAGAAGUACCUCGAGAAAGCCAAGUGUAUCAUUGAUCAGUAUUCUAACUACACGGUUAAGGAAGUAGGCUUGAAGUUGAACGGCGUGAACACACAAGGUGAAAAUAUCGCAGACAACGGUGGUAUCAAGGAGGCGUACUACGCUUACGAGGCCUGGACCCAGCGCCACGGCAUGGAAAAACGCCUGCCAGGUCUAGAAGCCUACAGUCCUAAACAGUUGUUCUGGCUGAGUGCGGCGAACACGUGGUGCGCGGUGUACCGCAAUGAGGCCAUCAAGCUUCGCAUCACGACUGGGUUCCACGCACCGGGUCGUUUCCGUGUUCAAGGUCCGCUGUCCAACAUGGAGGAGUUCGCCCGCGAUUUCCGCUGCCCACCCGGCGCACCGAUGAACCCCAACCGAAAAUGCAAGGUCUGGUAG